AUGAAGACACGGUCAAUGGUGUUGUGGAAAGCAGCCAGCGCUUUGUUACUUCUCGCGAGCGUGCUAACGUCUUCAGGAUCUUCGGCACCGUGGCAAGAUACGACCCGCACUCCAGGGACUGGCUGGCAGGCAUCGUCCUUGUACGCGGAUCUACCGCCAACAGUGUUCGCACCAGGCGGACGGCUGCUUGUCGUCGAAAGGGUGGCAGACACCGUUUCACGACUAGAGCCUUACGAUCCGUCGAGUAAUCUAGUGAUCGCAUUACGCUGCCGAGACGGUGUCGUUGUCGUCACGUCUUUGCCUCAAUCCCCAUACCUCCCGACCGGCAGCACCCGUGGCGUGUCCCAGAACAGCAACAGCACCACCAACACGGAUGCACAUGAACCGCCAGAUCAAGAAACGUUUUUUGAAGCGUUGCUUAUGGAUCAUUCGCGCCAAUUUAUCGCGAGGACCAACCUCUUUUGUCGUUUGGGUCCGGCCAUCACUUCGCCAAGCCGGAGCAGUGUUUGGGGCAUUACCGCCGGCAACGCGGUUGAUUCCCAGAUUCUCCGUCGCCAACUGCAAAAUCACGCCGAAAAUCUACGGACUUCACUCGAUGAUGCGAGGCCUUCGAUUCUGGCUCGAAAAUUAGCGGAUUCGAGACAGCGAAUCACACAAGAAUCGGGUACGGGGCGAAUACUGGCCGCCGUCGCCAUUGUGGUAUCGGACGACGAAUGCUGGCGUGUUGAUGUCACAGGACAAUUUUGGAAGUGCCGUGUGGCUAUCGCAGGUCGGGGUGCCGAGUUGGCAGAGCAAAAUCUGUUGGAUAGGAUACGGUCCGAAUCCGGCAGCACAGAAAAGGAGUUGUCGGCAACCACUGUCCAACACGUUGUAAGCCAAUGGUCUAGUGAGAAGGCGCAAACGAUCGUGGAAUGGGGACGAAAAUAUCGAUGA